AUGGAGACUACGCCGGCCACUUCCAUGUUCUUCACGUUCUUUUUCAUGGGUUCCUUCCUCUCUUUGCCAUCUUUAAUCACUGCUUCAUCUUCCAACGUAACCGCAGUUUUUGCAUUUGGUGACUCGUCGAUCGAUCCAGGCAACAACAACCUUGUUCCCACCCCUGCUCGCUGUAAUUUCCCACCAUAUGGCCUAGAUUUCCCUAACCAUGCGGCCACCGGGAGAUUCUGUAAUGGAAAGUUACCAACAGAUUUCCUAGCCUCUUUGUUAGGCCUCAAAGAUCUCUUGCCGGCAUACCUUGACCCAGAACUCACCGAGAAUGACUUGCUAACUGGUGUCAGUUUCGCAUCAGCUGCUUCUGGAUUGGAUCCUCUGACAUCUUUAACGACACGGGCUUUGGAUGUGUCAACUCAGUUAAAGUUGUUCGAAGAAGCAGUGGUAAGGAUGGAGAGAUUAGUUGGUGAGGAGAAGUCUAGAUUUAUACUGGACAAUGGGAUAUUUUUCUUCAGUGUUGGUUCUCCUGACGUGCUGAUAAACUUCUAUACGACGCAUGCAAGAGCACUACAGUUUUCAGUUUCAGAAUAUCAAGAUUUUCUGCUCCAAAAACUAGAAUCUGCCGUUCAGAGGCUAUACAAAGCAGGAGGGCGUAGGUUCCUGCUAACUGGCUUGCCACCGAUUGGGUGCUUGCCAGCGUCAAUGACAGUAUUUCAACACGAGUGUGUAGAGGAGCGGAACGCUGAAUCUCGUGCUUACAAUACAAAGCUUCAAUCCUUAAUCUCGAGAUGGCAAGCUGAACUGUUCAAGGGUGCCAAGAUUGCUUAUUUGGAUGCAUAUAAUCCCCUCAUUGACAUGGCUAACAAUCCAAAUAAAUAUGGGUUUGAAGAGACACGUAAAGGCUGUUGUGGGACAGGAAUUUACUGCGACGUAGCUAAGCCGGUGUGCCCUGAUAGAACUAAAUACCUAUUUUGGGAUGCUUUCCACCCAACAGAAGCAGCAUAUUCAAUUAUGGUGAAUGAAGCAGUUAAAACUCUGCUUCCAUUACUUAAUUGA